UAUCAGCUGAUUUUAGUUUCUGACCAGAAGAGACAGCGGCAGCGGCGGGGACGCGUCGUCUUUUUGUGCAAUUGGAAGAAGCGAACAUUUGGAGGCAGAGCACAAUGCAGCCCGUGUCCCUGGUCACCCUGCUCAGUGUGCUGGGCCUGGCCUGCUCUCUGGACAAUGGGCUGAUGAGAACCCCACCCAUGGGCUGGCUGGCCUGGGAGCGCUACCGGUGCAACACGGACUGCACUAACGAUCCAGACAACUGCAUCAGCGAGCACUUGUUCAGGGCGAUGGCAGACAGGCUGGCGGAGGACGGCUGGAGAGCGCUGGGGUACGAGUACGUGAACAUCGAUGACUGCUGGGCCGCCAAGAAACGAGACGCCCAGGGCAGGCUGCAGCCCGACCCCAAGAGAUUCCCCAGCGGGAUCAAGGCACUCGCUGACUAUGUCCAUGCGAAGGGGCUGAAGCUGGGGAUCUACGGGGACAUGGGUCUGUACACGUGUGGGGGGUACCCCGGCACCACUCUGGACACGGUGCAGAUCGACGCAGAGACUUUUGCAGAGUGGGGAGUGGACAUGCUCAAGCUGGACGGCUGCUAUUCCAACGACUCCAUGAAAGCAGAAGGAUAUCCGAAGAUGAGCGCGGCUCUGAACGCUACAGGGAGGCCCAUUGCUUACUCCUGCAGCUGGCCAGCUUACCAGGGAGGCCUCCCCCCGAAGGUGAACUACACCCAGCUGGUCGAGAUCUGCAAUCUGUGGAGAAACUACGGGGACAUCCAGGACUCGUGGGACGACGUUCUCAGCGUGAUCGACUGGUUCGGGAAGAACCAGGCGGUGCUCCAGCCCGCAGCGGGGCCAGGCCACUGGAACGACCCCGAUAUGCUGAUAGUCGGUGACUUUGGGCUGAGCUACGAGCAAUCCAAGGCUCAGAUGGCUUUGUGGGCCGUCCUGGCAGCCCCCCUCUUCAUGUCCAAUGACCUGAGGAGCAUCUCGGACAAGGCCAAAGACAUCCUGCAGAACCAGAUGGCCAUUUCCAUUAACCAGGACCGGCUGGGACUGCAAGGAGUGCGCAUGCUCAAGGACAGUCACUUUGAGGUGUGGAAGAGGACCCUGUCUAAGGGAGAGUACGCCGUGGCUUUCCUGCUCACUGCUAACGACGGCACGCCCCGACCGUACCUGGCUAACCUGGCCAAGCUCUACAUCGUGGACUGCCGGCUCGGGUACAAGGUGUACGACGUCUUCGACUCCAACUUCCUGGGCAUCUUCACCCUGAUCGACGUCAUCUACCUGAAGAUCAAUCCCUCGGGGGUGGUGCUGCUGCACAUCUCUCCCCUCUGUGUGUAGAGAUGCGCCCCGGCCAUCAGCAGCGCAGUCUUUCGCUGAUUUUAUAUAUAUAUAUUUUUUAUAUAUAUAUAUAUAUAUAUGCUACUGUAAAUUUAAGUAAAUCACCAAUAUUUUUGCAAGACUUUUACAUUUAAAAAUGCAAGUAAAAUUUGUAAAAGCCAAGCUCAGGGAUGUUGAAAGCACUAUUGUAUCGCUUGCAGUGCAAUGAUUCCAUGACUAAAACAUUGAUGGAUGCUUGAAGCCAGAUUGAGGGAUUUCGUCCCUCCUCGGUGUGAUUGCACUAAACGUUGCCUAGCGACAGUAGUUGUUGUUUUUUAUGUGUGAUGAAACCAAUUAAAACUGCUUUUUAUAAAUGUGUUGAGCACUAAACUUUCCAUAGUGUGUUAUCUCUGUAUAUGAUUUGCAUUGCUCUGUGAUUGAAUAAGUCAAUAAAAGCCUGUGUCAUUUG